AUGGACAAAAGUUGGAUGAAAAAACCUCGACAUACACAAGAGUAUGUCGAUGGUGUCAAUGACUUUUUGAAGUUUGCAUGCGAGAAUUGUGAUACAGAUUCGCCGAUUUGUUGCCCAUGUAGAAGAUGUGGAUUACGUAAGAUGUUCAUGCCCAACAUGGUAUAUGAUCAUUUGAUUAGCUAUGGAAUUUCUCAAGGUUACACCAUUUGGCAUGCUCAUGGGGAGAGAAUAGGGGAGGCAUCUUACCAUGCUACUGAUGCCCAAAAUAAUAAUGAGCAAAUAAAUGAAGGCUCUGGUGGGAUGACAACCAUGUUACAUGAUGUUUUCCCCAUGUUUGAUCCUGAAAUAGUGGAGGGUGGGCCUGAAAUAGGUGUGGAUGCUGGAGAGGCUGGAGUGCAAAAUGAAAAUCGACAAGGUUCUAGCAAAAGAGUUAAUAAAUUUUACAAUAUGUUGAAAGAUGCUGAUGAACCAUUAUAUGAAGGGUGCACAAAACAUACUAAGUUUAGUGCUAUUGUACGUCUCUGGAAUAUGAAGUGUUUGGGUGGAUUGAGUAAUAACAUAUUCACAAAACUACUUGAAUUUGUGAAUGAGUUGCUCCCACCAGGAGUAUCAUUUCCUAAAAAUACGUACAAGGCAAAGAAGUACAUGAAUGAGUUAGGUCUUGGAUACGAGAAGAUCUUAGUAUGUCCCAAUGGUUGUAUGUUAUUUUGGAAGGACAAUGAGAAUCUGGAAAUAUGCAUGGUAUGCGGAGCAUCAAAAUGGAAGCAAAAAGAGUCUAUGGAUGAUAGGUCUAGAAAAGGCCGCAGUAAUGAUGGGGUACUAAGGCAUCUAGCAGUUGGCAUGGCUUGGAAGACGUUUGAUUCACAACAUGAUGAUUUUGCCUUUGACCCCUGCAAUGUUAGGCUUGGUUUAUCUGCAGAUGACUUUAAUCCUUUUGGAAACAUGAGCAUUUCCUAUAGUACUUGGCCGGUUAUGUUAGUACCUUACAAUUUACCUCCUUGGAUGUGCAUGAAACGAUCAAGUUUCAUGCUAUCGUUGAUUAUACCGGGACCAUCAUCACCUUCAAUGAAUAUAGAUGUAUACUUAGAGCCUCUAAUAUCAGAAUUAAAGGAAUUAUGGGAGGUUGGAGCACCAACCUAUGAUGUUUGCUCCAAAGAGAUCUUCACAAUGCGGGCGGUUUUAAUGUGGACGAUAAAUGAUUUUCCUGCAUAUGGUGAUUUGUCUGGAUGA